UCCUAUCUAAUCUACAAGAUAAUUGUUGCUUUAGGCAUGCCGUUCAUGAAUUCAGUGCAGCACUCCCUGCCGUUAUACAUUUUUCUUUUCACUACUUAAACGGACUUCCCCCAAACUAAAGCACUUGCCUUUCUCUCUCUUCAGUCCUUGUCCGCUCAGUCGACUACUGGUACGCUUUGCCCCCUCGAUUGUGCAGUUCGCUCCGUCUUCUAUCGGUCUGCCGCCACCGGACACCGUUCCGUCAACAAAUCCAUUACAAUGUCUCCCGUGUUCUUUUGUAUCCAUUGCGGCAACAAGUUCACUCGCAAAGAACAUCUAGAACGCCACAUCGCUUCUCAUACUGGUGCGAAGCCUUGGUCAUGCGUCCAUUGCUUUAUGCCAUUCAACCGUCAGGAUCUGCUCCGAAGACACCUGACGAUUUACCAUUCGGUCUCAGACGACUCGGACCCAAUUCCACCCCAAACCGGUAGGCACAAGCCGGACGUGGCAUGCCAGCCCUGUCACAAAGCCAAGUGCCAGUGCGAUAAGCAGAAACCGACGUGUGGGGCGUGCCAAAAGAAGGGUAUCACAUGUGUCCCACGUGAGUCCAGGAGAGUAGUGAAGCAGGAGACCCGGGCCCGCCGUUCAGCCGCGCCGCAACAACCUCCUCCGCCCGCCCAAGUCCCUCUACCUGCUCAACCCGCACGAGAUGCGCAAAACCAACAGGAACCAAUCAUGAAGGUUUCUCUUGAAACCAUGAUUGACGGCGAGGCAUACCAGCAAGAGCGACGGGCAUCACAUAUCCAGCAGGGUCUUUACCAAGGAACGGGACCACAGAGCUCGCUCAUACCACAAAUACCUUUGACUGGAAAUUUGGCUCCUGAGGUCGGCUUACCAAAUUUCUACGGUUUUCCCAAUCCUAGCUACGGAGGUUUCGACGGUUACGGUAAUCCGAUCCAGCCGUUUGGUCCGAAGCCCGCGCAUCUCGGUUAUCAGAAUGACCCUUCAUUGAAUAUACCUGACUUGAGUCCGGGCUCGUUGAAUAUACCUGACUUGAGUCCGGGCUCAUCUACCUCUAUCGAUACCGGCUUUGAGACGCUUGACGAAAUCCCAGACAUGAACGGAUUUUCAGGUUAUGGCGAGGUCGUAGUGAAUAGCAACAACCACCAGUCACUUGCAGGCGAGGAGGGUACAGAACCUUGGUCUUGGGAAAUAAAUUCGCUCGACGUUUUUGGGUUCCUGUAAGCGCAGGUUUUACCCGCACCAGUUUCGGGUCUUUUUUUCUUUUUGUGUUUCUUGGUCACGAAAGUGAUUGUCAGCGGGAACUUGUUGCCGAGUAUUGGAAGAUUUGUAGUCUACUGUAUGGAGUGGGUAUUGGUGAUGCACGUGAAGGGGUAAAGGGGAAAUGACUGAAUGGUUGUUGAUAUGGAUCUUGGCACGACUAGUAUAUUUAGAAGAACAGCGGCGAUAAUCGACAGGGUCUCUUAGGUGGAAGGAGGUCGACAUCGAUAUUUACACAUUCUUGAAAUUACAGCAACACAUCGAGG